GUCCCUGGCCGCCACUGUCAUGUCGGAGGAGCUGGUACCGGGCACCAAGGAAAGCCCACAACCCCCCGGACCCGCGCCUCGGGAGGGAUGGAAGAAGGGCGGCCGGAUGCUGUCGGUCCUGCUGUCUGUCAACGUGCUCCUCCUCGCCUGCACCCUCAUAAGCAGCGGCGCCUUCAACAAGGUGGCGGUGUAUGACACAGAUGUGUUCGCACUGCUUACGGCUAUGAUGCUUCUCACCACUAUCUGGAUUCUCUUUUAUCUCUUGCGAACCUCCCGACGCCCCGAUGCAGUCCCCUACCUGGACUCCCACGCAGGACCAAUCUGGCUUCAAGGUGGGCUGGUCCUAUUUGGUGUCUGUACCCUGGUCAUGGAUGUCUUCAAAACAGGCUACUAUUCCAGUUUCUAUGAGUGUCAAUCAGCCAUCAAGAUCCUGCAUCCCAUCAUACAAGCUAUAUUUGUCAUUGUUCAGACAUACUUCCUCUGGGUCUCAGCCAAGGACUGUAUUCAUGCCCACCUGGACCUGACUCGAUGUGGUCUCAUGUUCACACUCACAACCAACUUGGCCAUCUGGAUGGCAGCUGUGGUGGAUGAAUCUGUUCACCAGGCACACUCCUAUAGUGGCAAUAGUAGCCAUGCUCGUCUUACUUCUGAGGGUGAGUCUAUUAAUCCUCAUGGCACAGCAGGAGAAGCCUGUCCUUGCAACACCACCUUCUGUAAGAUCUUCAAACAGGGCUACUUUUACUUGUAUCCCUUCAACAUUGAGUACAGCCUCUUCGCCUCCACCAUGGUCUAUGUCAUGUGGAAGAAUGUGGGGCGCCUGAUAAGCUCUUCCCAUGGCCAUGGCCACGGCCAUACUCCAUCCCCUGCCAGCUUCUUCCGGGGAACCCUCUUCAUUGGGCCUGUGCUGGGCUUGCUCAUACUUGUGGUAGGGCUAGGAGUCUUCAUUAUCUAUGAAGUCCAGGUGAGUGGGGACAAGAGUGGGACCCACCAAGCCCUGAUCCUCUACUACAGCUUUAAUGUAGCCUGCUUGGGACUCAUGACCCUAGUCAGCCUUGGGGGCUCUAUCAUCUACCGUUUUGAUCAAAGGACGAUGGACCAUCACAAGAACCCAACUCGUACAGUGGAUGUAGCUCUCCUGAUGGGAGCUGCUCUUGGGCAAUAUGCCAUCUCUUACUAUUCUAUUGUGGCUGUGGUGGUGGGUACCCCCAGGGAUCUGUUGGGUGGACUGAACCUCUCCUAUUCCUUGCUAAUGAUUGCCCAGCACACCUUCCAGAACAUUUUCAUCAUCGAGAGCCUCCACCGAGGUCCCCCUACUGUCCAGGGAGACACAUCCAAUGAGCCCAUCCAUGGCCUCAUCUACACUAAUCAGGAUGCUCUCCAGACCUUGCCUGCCUACCCAUCCACUCCUAGGCUGGUGGGCUCCACCUCUGCUAGCCCCCAGGAGGCACUAACCAUUAUCUCAGACCCUCAGAGGAACUGGAGACGAAGAUGCCUGAAGGAUAUUUCACUUUUUCUACUGUUGUGCAACGUGAUUCUCUGGAUCAUGCCUGCCUUUGGUGCCCGCCCUCAUUUCAACAACAACCUGGAAGUGGAUUUCUAUGGCUACUCUCUGUGGGCAGCCAUUGUCAACAUCUGCCUUCCCUUCGGAAUCUUCUACCGAAUGCAUGCUGUCUCCAGCUUGCUGGAGGUCUAUGUCCUGUCUUAAAGCUCCCUCUUCCCUCCUGUACUUCCACAAAAGACUUCUAGAGUCCAGCCCAAACUGAUGGACAACAUUGAUUGGUGCCCAUAUUCUCCCCAGGGAGAGAAAAGACAACUCUUAGGAAAGUAGUUUUAAGUCCAGGAGAUGGGGAGGGGACUUCUAUACCCAUUUCCCCAAUUCCACCCAAGUCCAGCUGCCUCCUUAUCCAUUUCUCCCAUUCCCCACUUCAUUUGCUCAAGGGAUCCUCUUAGAAAACUAAGCUGAUGACAAUAACUGGAAAGAUAAGGAUUUUAACAUAUGUUUUCACCAAAUAAGUUUGCUGUUUGAGUUGAGGUUUUUUUUUUUUUUUUAAGUCAAAAUCCUUGACUUUAUAUCACUUUGAAGUCAAGAUUGCUUUUCUCCCACUUUGCCUUUCAAUCUAUACAAUGAGACCUGUAUUUUGGUAUAAACUCAGAUCCCUGAACUGAUUCAAUUUAUCCAAAGUGUUCGGAAAAGGGGUAAAGGAAAAAUAACCUUUCCUCUGUUCUUAAGCUACCCAAAAUUGGGCUGCAGGACUCUCCCAUAUUCUCACCUAUAGAAUUCCUUAGUUCACUAUGUUUUGAGUCUCAGAAACCAAAUAAACUUGUGAUUCUCUAACUGUCCCUAAUAACUUAUUUUAAAAA